CCAACAGAUGCAGCCCGCCUUCGCAUGCUGAGCUACCUAGCUAGAAGAGCGACGACUUUCUCACAGGGCCACAUCUUUGACUUGGCUCCUCUGUAUAUCCCACUUUUCUUCCGAGUUGCGUUGCUUCAAUCUUUUUGAGGCUUGUGACAAUGGCGGACGAGGUGGUUCUGCUGGGUUUCUGGCCCAGCAUGUUUGGGAUGAGGGCGAGUAUCGCGCUGGCGGAGAAGGGGAUCAAAUACGAGCAUAAGGAGGAGGACUUGUGGAACAAGAGCGAUCUGCUUCUCAAGAUGAACCCGGUUCACAAGAAGAUCCCGGUUCUCAUCCACAACGGUAAACCGGUGUGUGAGUCCCUCAUCAUCGUUCAGUACAUUGACGAGGUCUGGAACGACAGCUGUCCACUGCUGCCCUCCGAUCCUUACCAGAGAGCUCAAGCCAGGUUCUGGGCUGAUUUCAUUGAUAAGAAACAAGACACACUCCAAGGGCGGUAGAUUAAACAAGGGAAACACAAGAGAAUAAGAAGAACAACUUGCUGCAGAAAUUCUGUAGAAAAUGAGUAAAAGUCAAGAGAAAAACAGGGAGAAAAAACGGGGAGAGGAAGAACAAUUUUCUGCAAGGGAUUCGGCUCUUUCUUCUAUUUUUCUUCUUCUUAUUGUUAGAGUAUAUUUGAAUGACCCUAAAGUUAGGGAUUUGAUUAUGAUUGA